AUGGAAAAGUGUCAGUUUGGUAUCCCCGAAUUUCUUCAAGCCUUCAAAAACUCCAUCAGGAUCCUGAAAGGGCAUGGGCUUGCUCCGGAGAUCCCUGAGGAUCUGUACCAUCUGAUAAAGAAGGCUGUUGCCAUUAGAAAGCACUUGGAAAGGAACAGGAAGGACAAGGACUCCAAGUUCAGGUUGAUCCUUGUGGAGAGCAGGAUUCAUCGGCUUGCUCGCUACUACAAGAGGACCAAGAAGCUCCCCCCGGUGUGGAAAUAUGAAUCUACAACUGCCAGCACUCUCGUGGCGUAGUAGAAGUAUCUUCUCCUUGGGAAAAUGCUUCGACGUUUCGAUGAUGAAUUUAGAGAACAGCUCCAUCCCUUAACGUGGAAGUCAUUGAUGUACUGAAACUUCAAUUUUUUGUGAACCGUAUUAUUGUGUUCGUAGCGAGAUUAGUAUUUGAAUCUUAAUCUGAGUUAAAUGUCGGAGUUUUAUGCCAAAAUCAUCAAUUUCCAAGGCUAUGGCAAAAGUAAUGUCACAAAUCGUUGAUUCCACA